UUUUGUUCUUUUUCCAUCGGCCACUAAAGAUCUCUUUACGCUGCUCCACAAAUUCCACCAAUGUAUACCUCCCUCUCUCUCUCUCUCUCUCUCUCUCGGAAUCGACGGGCUUCCCCAAGCACACAAGAGUAGAGAGCUCUUGGGCCUCUUGUUUUCUGGUUCUAGAAUGAAGAAAAGUCCCUCUCUUGGAUUCGAUGGUUUCCCAAGCAUAGAAGAGCAGAGUGUUCUUGGGUCUCUCGUUUUCUGGUUCUAGAAACGAAAAAGGUCUCUCUCAUGGAAUAAGGGGCUUCCCAAGUGCAGAAAAGUAGAGUGCUUGCUCUGGUUUUUUGGGUUUAGAAAAGUGCAAAAGAGUAGAGUGCUUGCUCUGGUUUUUUGGGUUUAUAAAGGUAAAAAGGUGAUCUCAAAUGUCAUCUUCUUUUGUGGUAGGGUAUGAAAUUAGGUGUGGAAGACCAACUUUAUGGCAAUGUAUGAAAUUAGGUGCGGAUGACCAAGUUUGUCUCUCUGUUUUUUAAACUCUCUGUUGUUCUGCAUCAGCUUGGUCUCACUCAUUUGUGGGUAGCAAAGAUAGAUGAAUCUCAUCCUUUCAUUGCACCUUUGGGAAGCAAGAAAUGGAGUGAGGAGGAAAACCCGAUCUUCAACUAUAAGUGUACUCUUAUGCCUGUAGAUGGCACCGUUGCAUUUCUGCUCUUACAUGGCUUGUAGGUGCGAGCAGCAGCAGCAGCACGGAGGUGAGUCCCGUGGGCUACUGGAAUAAACUGUUGCCCAGAACCCCCAUUCCCACGUCUCUCCAUGCCUUCUUGCCAAAAGACAUGGAUGAUCCUUCCCAGAGGAAGUACUUUGGUAUCUUGCGUAGUCGUGGAUGUACUGGUGGUGAUUACGAUGCGUACAAACGUGGAACAACACUAGAUCAGCUAGAGGGAAACAGUGAGACCAAUUUUUUCUUCUUGAAAAACAACUUAAAGCCAGGCAGCAAGACCAAAAAGCUGGACUUUGUGAAGAAGGUGCAUUUGACCAGCGGCUGGCCAACCCUGCUGCCUCGCAGAGAAGCACAGGGCUUCCCCUUCUCCUCUUCCAAGCUUGCUGACAUCCUGAUACGCUUCUCCCUGGAUCCCAACUCAGCCGAUGCAUCGAUAAUGAAGCACACGCUCGAGGAUUGCGAGAUGGAAGCGAAUAAGGGCGAGACUAGAUACUGCGCUACAUCCUUGGAAUCCAUGGUCGACUUUGCGGUGUCACAGCUCAAAACAAAUGAUCUUCAGUUGCUAACCUACUCAUUUGUGAACAAGGAAGAAAGAGAGCCCAAAAGCAGAGUGUACACAGUUCAACCUGGUGUGGUUGAACUGCGCUCCUCACAAGCAGUGGUGUGCCACAUUCAGUCAUAUCCCUAUGCAGUGUUUCACUGCCACAUGACCAUCAACACCAAAUCUUACAUUGUUCCAUUGGUUGCUGAGGAAGAUGGCAUCAGAGUGAGUGCAGGGGCAGUGUGCCACACCGACACCUCUUCGUGGAACCCGAACCAUGCCUCUAUGCUGGUACUAGGAACCAAGCCAGGAACUCCUGCUUGCCACUUCCUUUCUCAUGGUCACUUUGCGUUUGUUCCCAACUCUGCUUCUUAAGAUAUCCCCAUGCAGGUGGCAUAAUCCCCUUUGUUUUUUUGCUGCCAAUAAGCUUUCUUUGCGCCUAGUGUGUGUGUGUGUGUGUGUGUGUGUGUGUGCGUGCAAUGAUGAGCCUAGUAUCUGGAUUGUACUGCCGUAUCUUUAAUUUCCUGUUGUAUGUGUAUGUCCUCAAGUUUCGGUUUAGCUAAGAUGUAAAUCUGAAGGAAGAUGCUCGAGCAUGGGGGUAGUUUAAUUGCGAUAAGUCCUGCUUGCUUGUAGUUAAUACCAGCCUUUUUCUUUUUCC